AUGAGUACCACUCGCCAAGGCACAAUUUCUUCUCCCUAUCUGACAUCAUCUGUUCCUGCUUCUACCAUCACCGAGGUGCCAGAAGAGCAAGUACAUGAUCCUGAGGAGCUGUGCCGCUAUCCGAGCAAGAAGUGCUGGAAUUUGCGUGUACUGAAACGAAAUGGUGAGCGUCACAAUCUCUGCGAAUUCCACCGCCAAAAGGCCAAUAAAAAUCAACGUCGCCUUGAAUUUAAACGUAAGGCCCGUACGCAAAUAUUUGUUGAUGCGGAGAAUCCUAUUAAGCGAUUUCGUUCGCCAAAAUUGCAAGAAGGGUGCUCUGUUCGCACUUCUCUCAGCGUUGAAUCGGCCAUAAGGGAAGUAGCCCGUGUCAAGGGCGAGGAGAUAGGCAGGGCCAAUUCGGCCGUGUCUUCAGACCUCACUAAUAAUUUUCUUCAGGAUUUGGUUCUACUAAAUGUCGUGCAUGAUCGAAUUGAAGUUCCGAGCAAAGAAUUGCAGCCAGAUUCUUUUUCGAUGAGACCAGUCGGGUCGACAAAAGCACAAGAGGAUCAGCAGCUGCGUCUACUCGACGCAGUGAACGAGGCGGUGCUCAACCGCAUUCUGGAAGACGAACCGGCAGAAAGCGCUGCGAUGCUUAAAAGUUUGCGUUGCACUUUGCAAGAGGAAGAUAUAAUGUCAUUGCCAAAGGGCCUCAUGUCUCCAGUGGACGUUGGCGAGGGCUGGAACACCUUAUACUCCAAAGACUACUGGCUUGCAACUUCGUUAGCUGAUCAGUUGGCGCUAAGUUGCGAUGCUCAAUUAGUCAUGGAUGAAAACGUGCUCGUUGCCGACGUGUGA